AUGUCUGCUCAAGGGGGUGAUCAUGUUGAUCAAGAUCCCUUGGGAGCUGAAAUGCUUCGACCUCUCAGGGACUAUUUGCACCCUCCGAGGCAAACUACUCCCUCUUGCAUUGUACUUCCAGUUAACCAUCAUAGAUUCAACUUUAAACCGGGUACCAUUCAGAUGUUACCUACUUUUCACGAUAUGGAUUCGGAAAAUCCAUACACCCACAUGAGAGAAUUUGAAGAGGUCUGCGGCACUUGUGUCGAUCAGAAUGUCAAUGAGGAUACUGCGAGGCUAAAAUUGUUCCCAUUUUCAUUAAAGGACAAAGCUAAAAUGUGGUUGAACACAUUAGAGUCGAGAUCAAUAGGAACAUGGAGAGAAAUGCAAACUAAAUUUUUAAAGAAAUACUUCCCAGCCAAUAGGACAGCAUCCCUUCAAAGACAAAUGAUGAACUUUGCUUGUAAACCCACCGAGUCAUUUGCUCAAGCCUGGGAUCAUUUCAAAGAUCUACUUCUUACUUGCCCACAUCAUGCUUUUGAGCAGUGGCGGGUGGUUAGUUUUUUUCAUGAUGCCUUGACCCCCAACCUUAAGAUGUUAGUGUCGACCAUGUGCAAUGGUGAAUUUUACGAGAAGACACCCGAAGAAUCUUUUCAUUUUUUCGACACUUUAGCUGAGAAUACUAGGAAUUGGGAGGUAAGUCCAUUGUCUUUGGAAGACUCAAGAGAGCAUGUCAGUCCACAGCCUCGAGGAAAAUUUCAAAUAAGUGAAAGUGAUAACAUCAAUGCCCGGUUAACAGCAUUAACAAAGAAGAUGGAAGAAUUAGAGUUAAAAAAAACCAAGGCCGUCCAUGAAGUGGAAGUCCUUUGCGUGGUCUGUGAGACGAAUGGCCAUAUGACAGAAGAUUGUCCUACCAUUCCUGCUUUUAAAGAGGUCCUAUAUGGCCAAGCGUCUGGAGCACAACCACGUCACACAAAGGGUAGGCCUUAUCAGAAUCAGAGUGGGAACUACUCAGGGUACAAUCCUAAUUCCAAUACAUACCACCCCAACUCUCGUAAUCACCCUAAUUUUUCAUGGAGAAAUGAUUCUGCCGCCCAACCCCAUGCACCAUUCCCCUCACAGCCACAGUCUUACCAACCAAACUAA